AAACUUACUCUUUUGUAUCCUCCUCGUCCAAUUAAACGCCCGUAGCGUCUAUCGUAACCACUGUCUAACGCUUAUGACUGUGGCAGAUUGGUAGUCCGAGUCCGGUUCUGUACUAUGCUAUUUUCGUUCUCAAGUUAAAGGCUAAUAAUCCAAGUUCAUUCAAACCUAAAAUAAAAAUAAGUUAUUACGUUAUAGAUUUGUGAAAACAUUUGAUAAUGUUAACCGUAAAUGACGAUUCUGACAAAAAAGUUCGAGGCCAUUCGCGAAAUGCAAGCGAUUCCACCCAGUUUAUUGAAGCUACGAAGCGGGAUGCCUUGAAUCGGUUACAAAAAGAGCUAGAAAAAAUACUUCAAACUAUCAAAGAGCCAACCAAAUUAGAUGAAACCAAAAAACAAUAUAAUGGAUUCACGAAAUUGUUCACUAGGUUCUUGGAUGAAACAGGACCUUCUGUUGAUUGGGAAAAAAUCGAAAGACUUCCUGACGACGCUGUCAGAGACUACACGACUCUACAAAAGCCCACAGCUGAUUUGGUGCAUCAAAUGUUGAACAAAUUGGUGGUGGUGAAGUUGAAUGGUGGUUUGGGUACUUCUAUGGGAUGCCACGGGCCGAAAUCUGUGAUAACCGUUAGAAACAAUCUUACCUUUUUGGAUUUGACUGUUCAACAGAUCGAGAAUCUAAACAAAACUUACAAAGUAAACGUACCACUAGUACUCAUGAACUCAUUCAAUACGGAUGAAGACACAGAAAAAAUUAUUCGCAAAUAUAAAAAUCUUCAAGUCGAAAUCCACACGUUCAACCAAUCAUGUUAUCCCAGAGUGAACCGGGAUUCUUUAUUACCGGUACCCAAAGAUGGCAAUGUUCAAAAUAAUCUAGAAGCUUGGUUCCCUCCAGGCCACGGUGAUUUCUACAGCAGUUUCCAAAACUCCGGGCUGUUAGAAAGGUUUUUAAAGGAAGGCAGAGACUAUUGCUUCAUCUCUAACAUCGAUAAUUUGGGAGCGACCGUAGAUUUAAAUAUUUUGAAUUUACUUUUAAAUCCUGACAACGAGAAGGGACAACAUGAGUUCGUGAUGGAAGUUACUGAUAAGACAAGGGCUGAUGUUAAGGGUGGUACUCUAAUUCAAUACGAAGGGAAACUAAGACUGUUGGAAAUAGCACAAGUACCCAAAGAGCACGUAGACGAUUUCAAAUCUGUUAAAACUUUCAAAUUCUUCAACACGAAUAACUUGUGGGCUAAACUAGAUGCUAUCGACAGAGUUCUACGAAAAGACCUUCUCAGUAUGGAAAUCAUAGUCAACAACAAAUCGCUGGACAACGGUCAGAACGUCAUUCAACUCGAAACCGCUGUCGGAGCAGCCAUGAAAACAUUCGAGGGUGGUAUAGGAAUAAACGUGCCACGUAGCAGAUUUUUGCCCGUCAAGAAAACGUCAGAUCUCUUCUUAGUCAUGAGCAAUCUGUACACUUUGAAGAACGGGUCGCUAACUAUGUCUCCGCUAAGAAUGUUCCCCACUACGCCGUUGGUUAAAUUGGGAGAUAAUCACUUUUCGAAAGUCAAAGACUUUUUGGAGAGGUUCGCUAAUAUUCCGGACAUUUUGGAGUUAGACCAUUUGACUGUGUCUGGCGAUGUGACGUUCGGUAGAGGAGUUUCUGUUAGGGGUACAGUUAUUAUAAUUGCCAAUCACGGAGACAGAAUAGACAUACCGUCAGGAGCAAUUUUGGAAAACAAAAUUGUAUCAGGAAACAUGAGAAUUUUGGAUCAUUAAGUGUGCUAAAAAUGCCAAAAUAUUUUAAAAUGUAGGAGAAAUUACUCAUUUAUAAAUGUUAGAAGCAGAAAAUCAAAGACAGUGUUGAAACUAAGCAAUAAUUGCCAGUUUCUGUUCUUUAUAUUUUUGUUACUUUUUUUUUGUUAAAUUUGUUAUUCAAAAUUUUAAUAAUAUAUUUUUAGAAUGUGUUUAUAUUCCUAUUUAUCUAUAUUGUAUUUUUUCCAAAAUAUAUCUUUUGUCAUUGUUAUAUUUUUUUUACAACUCAAUCACAACAGACUAAGAAUUAACUUAAAAACAAACAUUUAGGCUAUGCAGACCCAAAUAGGCCAUUCUACAGUCAUAUAGCAUGAUAAGUAGCACACUUAAUAGACCUUCAUUAUGUUAUUUCUUUUCGAAUUUAUCUGCUGGACAUACUUUAUUAUCUUUCAACUUAGUUUUGUUCUUUCAUUUAUUGUAUAAUCUUUUUCAGUAUUUUCCAGUUACUUUUCUUAUCUUAGAAAUAAGCUGCAAAAACGCCAAUGGUCAAAAAUUAACUCUCCAACUUCAAAGGAGCAGACCCAAACUGUUGCUCAUGUAUUAUUACUGUACUAGGACCUUAAUUAUUAUUUUUAUAACAAAAUAAAUUCGUAGUCUUUCAUAUGGCAUAUUUUUUUUACUAGGAUAAUACCGCUAUGUGAAAAUAAAAUUCAUAAAAAAAUAAACUAAACAAAUAUUUAAUUCUUCAACAUUACUGUGUAACAAGUUUUUCUCCUGCUUUACUUUGUUCCACUACUUUACUUCCUGCAGCAAUUUGUGCAACUUUUUCAUCUUUCUUCUCUUCAACAGGUACUUCCUUCUUUUUCUUGUAAGUUAAUUGUGAUGGUUCUUUGGGAGGCAACCAAUCUGGUAUUAUCUUAGAAUGUACUCUCCAAGUACCAUAUUCAUUAGAUACGUUUUUUUCAAAAACGACAUACUCCAAGACAUCCUUUGCAAUGAUUUCACUACCAUGCAUUAAUCUGCCAAAUCUAUCAUAAAUAGCCAAGGUCUAAAAUUAAAAUGAGUGCUAAAUGUUAUUUUUUUUUAUUAUCAUUUAAGAAAUUACCUGCUGGGUAUGAAAUCGUACGGUAAUUUGGGCAAAAAUGUUUUCCUUUGUAAUAAUAUCUGUACAUCUGGCUUGCACAAUUCUAGGCAACUCUAUAUCUUUAAUAAAUUUCCAAUGAAUAGUUUUAUUCUUAAUAUUAUGUAUGACUUCUGGGUAAGCUCUCUCAGUUACCACAUCAAUAAUAUCUUCAUUAUCUUUAUCCAUCAUCAAUUCAUGCAUUUUUAUAUAAAUUUUCGAUGCUUCUUUACAAAAACUGGGUGAAUCAAAUUCCUCCUCAUACUGGCGAAUUUUUCUAAUUGCCAUCAUCGUUUUUGACUUUUUUCCUAAGAACUGUAGACUUUGCAUUGCUCCCUACAAAAUUAAUAACAUAAAUAAUGCAUUAUUAAAAAAUGAAAUUCUAACCUGUUUUGAAACUGGUGAAACUUUUCCAUCGCCCUCUGGUGGUACAUACGGUUCAAAAACUCCUCCUGUAGAGUGAAUAAAGAAUUGCCUUUCGACCCAAGGUCUUGGAGGUAAAAUUCCUUGUUUUUUCAACCUUAAUCUGAGUUCCUCAUCAGUCAUGUCUUCGACCUUCUCAUGAAAUUUUGGCAGUUCGACUGGCAUGACUUUUAAGCGCCGAAACAGUUUCCAUUUGGGGUUCCAGUGCUUCGUUCUUCUAUGUCUGACUAUUUGUGUAUUUGCAGUAACUGCAACUGGAGCUAAGAAACCUUGGGUAACCUCC